AUGGAGGCCUCCGAGUCUGAACCUAAAAGGAGGGUCCUUCCCCACUGGAUGACAGCGCAGGGGAGCACGCCGGUGGCGAGGAAGCCCAAGAAGAGGAAGGUGGUCCAGCCAGCCUCCGCAGCAAGACACCCUGCCAAGAGGACCGUGUACUGCAUGAGUGAGGCGGAGCUGGUGGACGUGGCGCUAGGGGUCCUGCUUGAGGGACGACAGCAGGAAGCGGCCCCGGCACCACCGGGCCUGGAGGAGGCUGAUAAGUCCGAGCUGGGCCCCACCCGCUCGGCGUCCUUGUCCCCCGGAAGCAGAAGCGAGGAUGAGGACACCAGGCAGGACUCCCCGUCCCCUGGCCGCAGCAGACUGCCUUCGGGGGCGCCGGGGGGUGGUGAGUCCACCUGUGACGAAAGUGCCGAGGAAGAUGACGCUCUGAAAUACGUCAGGGAGAUCUUCUUCAGCUGA